CAAGCAGGCAAAGACGAAAAGCAGAAGAGACACCCGCGGCAUACGCUGCAAAUGGAUAAAAGCACAAUGAGAGCACAACACCGAACCAAGCAAGGAGACGAAGUGGGAGUUUCAGCACAGGCCGAAGGAAAAUAAAGAAGAAAAAAAAAAAAAAAGAGGAAUGAAAUCAUCGCCCACUCUCUGUAUUCCAAUCAUGCGGUCCCCUUCUUCCCCAACACUUUCGAAAGGCAUUCAUGCACCUCUCGCUUCUUAUACCUUCCACUUACCCGCAUUCCUCAUCGCCGUCGCCAUGCCACUCUUAUCCGUCACAGCUGCCACAGCCGCCGUCGCUCUCCUAGUUAUCAGUUCCGCAGCUAUCCCAUCUAACUCACUCCCCCUUCCUCUUCUGGCGCUACUCUCCCUAAAAGCGUCGCUUUUGGACCCCCUCUCUUCCCUCUCAGACUGGGCACUUCCUCUGAAUCAGAACUUCUCUUUUUCCCCGCCGCCGUGGUGCUUAUGGUCCGGCGUCUCUUGCGCCAGCAGUCAGGUCGUUUCCAUCGACCUAUCUGGCAAUAACCUUUCCGGCGACCCCUUUCCUCCGGAGCUGCGCCUUCUCUCAUCUUCUCUUGUUCUCCUUAACCUCUCCGCCAACUCCUUCUCUGGCCCCAUUCCCUCAUCCUCCUCUCUCUUUCAUCUCCGCCGCCUCCGUUCUCUCGACCUCAGCCGCAACAGCUUCAACGCCUCCCUCCCAUCCAGUCUCUCCUCCCUCCGCCGACUUACUUUCCUGAACCUUUACAGCAACAGCUUCUCAGGCUCCAUCCCCGCAACCCUUGCCGCGCUUCCUCUCCUCGAGCAUUUAAAUCUCGGCGGCAGCUUCUUUUCCGACCUUAUCCCCGGCGAGGCACUGGUCUCUUUGACUGGGCUCCGGUUCCUCCACCUGGCCGGUAACCUUCUCACCGGUUCCAUCCCAAUGUGCCUCGGCCAGCUUGCCAUCCUUGAGCAUCUGGAGAUUGGGUACAAUUCAUAUGAAGGAAGCCUCCCACCGGAGAUUGGACGGUUGCGGAAUCUUCGAUACCUCGACAUAUCCUCGGCGAAUCUUUCCGGUGAGAUACCUCCGGAUAUUGGGAGUCUCACAGAAUUGCAAACGCUGCUCCUGUUCAAAAAUCGGAUAUCUGGCAGCGUCCCGCCAGAAAUUUCUAGUCUUAGCGGACUCAAAAUUCUGGACUUGUCAGACAACCGCCUCUCCGGCCGGAUUCCAGCUGGUAUCUCCUUGCUCGUUAAUCUCACCGUUCUCAGCCUUAUGAACAAUGAAAUUUCCGGAGAAAUUCCGCCGGGAAUCGGCGAGAUUGCUUCGCUUGAAGCGCUCCUUCUCUGGAACAACUCCUUAACGGGCGUGCUCCCACCGAAGCUCGGCUCCGGCGGUCGGCUGGAGCGGGUCGAUGUUUCGUCCAACUCCCUCUCCGGCACAAUUCCUUCUAGCCUCUGUUUCGGAAACCGCCUUGUUCGGCUAAUACUCUUCGCCAACUGCUUCGAAUCCAAUAUUCCUUCUUCCCUCGCGCGCUGCUCAUCAUUGUGGCGCAUUCGUAUCGAAGAUAACCACCUCACUGGCUCUAUCCCCGCCGGCUUUGGGCAUCUCCAAAACCUCACAUUUUUUGACCUCAGUAGCAACAAUAUCUCUGGCGAGAUACCGCCGGACCUCGGCACCGCUCCACGGUUACAAUUUUUUAACAUCUCCGGCAAUCCCCUUCGAAGCAUCCUACCGAACACGAUCUGGAGGGCACCGGCUCUUCAAAUAUUCUCCGCAAGCUCCUGCAAACUCCAAGGAAAAAUCCCCAACUUCGCCUCCGGCUGCAGCAAUCUCUACAAGCUAGAACUUUCGUAUAACGAUCUCAACGGCACCAUUCCCGCUGACAUCACCGAUUGCCUGAAAUUGCUUUCUUUAAAACUGAAUCAAAACCAUCUCACCGGCUCAAUUCCACCAGGGCUUUCAAAUCUGCCCUCGAUCACCGAAGUCGACCUCUCCCUCAACUUCCUGACUGGCUCGAUCCCGCUGGCAUUCGACAACUGCAGCACCCUUGAAAAUCUCAACAUCUCCUUCAACGGCCUUGCGGGUCCCAUCCCAGCCUCCGUCGGCAUAUUCCGGAGCCUCGACCCUUCCUCAUUCGCCGGAAACCCAAGCCUCUGCGGUUCACCACUCGCCCGGCCGUGCAUCCCAAAUGUGGAGCGACCGCCACACCAGCCAGCUGCCACUGCUGGUCCGGCUAUCAUCUGGAUCACGACAGCAGCAUUGACUACAGGAUUGGUCGUCCUGAUAAUCGGAAUUCGGUGGUUCAGAUCGGCCUCCCGGCUAAAACCGCCGCCCUGGAGGUUAACAGCUUUUCAACGACUAACGUUCACGGCAGAUGAUGUGGUGGAAGUGGUGAAAUCCACCGCCCAGAUUAUUGGUAUAGGCUCAUCCAGCACGGUAUACCGUGGCGAGAUGCCCAACGGUGAGGUGAUUGCAAUCAAGAAGCUUUCAACGGCGGCCGUCACAAAACAGAGGAAUAAAACCGAGUGCAUCUUACCGGAGGUGGAGCUAGUCGGUGCGGUACGACAUCGCAACAUAGUCCGACUACUCGGUUAUGUCAGCAAUGGCGAGUCUACAAUGUUGUUGUAUGAGUAUGUGCCGUGCGGGAGCCUGGAGGAGCUUCUCCACAGCAGUGGUGGAGAAGGGAAGGGGAAGACCACACUUGACUGGGAGACUAGGUAUCGUAUAGCAGUUGGUGUAGCGGAAGGAAUGAGUUACCUUCACCAUGACAGCAGGCCGACAAUUGUGCAUAGGGAUCUGAAGCCGAGCAACAUAUUGGUGGAUGAGGAGAUGGAGGUGAGGGUAGCGGAUUUCGGAUUGGCUAAGUGGUCGACAAAGACAUCGUUGACGGGGAUAGUGGGGUCGUGCGGUUACAUAGCACCAGAGUAUGCUUAUGCGGUGAAGGUGGAUGAGAGGAGCGAUGUGUAUAGCUUUGGGGUGGUGUUGAUGGAGAUUGUGAGUGGGAGGAGAGCGGUGGAUGGCCGUGGUGGUGUUGAGGAGGGGAAGAGUCAUUUAGUGGAAAGGGUGAGGAGGAAGGUGGCAGAGAAAGGAUGGGAAGGAGUUGAGGAGAUUUUUGAUGGAGGCAUAGGUAUCGGGUGCAGGGAGGUGAGGGAUGAGAUGGUGAUGGUGCUUAGAGUGGCCAUGUUGUGCGCUAGUGAGAGGCCAAUGGAUAGGCCAAGUAUGAGGGAUGUGGUGUCGACGUUGAAAGCUAUUAGGGUGGUUAGGAAGAAGGUGGUGGAUCAAGAUUAAGGUUCUGUGCUUGUUUUGUCCAAAUACAGUUGACCAGGGUUGGAAUAGGGGCAAGAAACUUCAUUUUUUCCCUCCCUUUUUUCUCAUGUCAUCUUAUAUUUUAUUUUCCAAGUUGAAUGAUGCUUGCUUGGUUGUUCUCUCUCUCUCUCUCUCUCUCUCUCUCUCUCUCUCUCUCUCUGGAAUUUGCAUGAAAUUAGUAGUAAACUCACGUGCAUA